UAGAGCUGAAACCUUUGCUCGGUCAAGAUGCCGUACAAACCGAAUUUAUAGAUGGUGAAUAUAUAACGGCUAGUAAUGAGGGGGUUGUACACUUUUGGACUUUGGAUAUGAAAUGGAAAAGAGGCGAAGUUGCUCCAGCAAGAAAUGUAACAAUGAGCUGACUACUAAACUUACUGCUUUGGUUGUUUUACCCGAUUUGAACAUAGUUGGCGUGGCAUCAGUAGAAUGUGAACUUCGUUUCUAUGACACAUUAGCAAGUCAAUUUCGGUUAAGGUUGGUUAUUGAUAAAAUGCCGCACAUGGUGACGUGCUUAUCAUACAUUUACGAACCAGGAGGUAAUCUACGUGAAUAUAGUUCAAAGCUGUUGCUUGGUGACUGUAUAGGUGGUGUACGUAUUUUGUCUAUGAUGACCAGAGGCAGAGGUCCUUUUAGAAUGAAUACCGGUGAUUCUUAUGUUGUCCACAAUUAUGCAGAUUUGAUGACACUAGGAGGACUAGGAGUAUCUUCUAAAACAACUGCAUCUGCGCCAUUCCAUGUACUUGAGUUUCCAAAUCUACACCCUGACUACGUUCAAGAAGUUAUGUUUUGCAAUGGUGGUAAAGCUAUGGUUUCUGUAUCAGAAACAUAUAAUCGAUCUAUGAUGUAUUGUCAAACAAUUAAAAAUGGUUGGUGGCGUUCAUUUACUGCACCUCAAGGUUUUUCAUGCGCAUGUAUUAUAGAAAACACACACUUGGUGGCUGGAAGCCAAGAUUGCGUGGUUAGAGUUUGGAGUAUAGAUAGUUUUUUGGGUACUAGUGCUACUACAAAACAAAGAAGUAUUAACUUCACUGGUCAUAAUGCACCAAUUAUGCACGUAUUUUACAAUAAUCGUAAUAGACGACUGUACUCAAUGUGCUUUGAACGUAUUAUCAAGGUAUGGAGUGUGCAUAAGGGUGCGUGUCUUAUGACAUACACAGGUUUGACAACACUCAAUGCUGACUAUCAAGAAUUGUGCAUAUAUUUCAACCAAAAAAAUAGUACACUAAUUGUCGGUGGCAGAACAAUUGUGGUUUUACCAUGUAGUGAAAAUAUCAAUCACACAUUAAGUGAUGGUUAUUCACAUAACGCGGCUGUCACUAAAACUAUGUAUAACAAACUCUAUCGCUUAUUAAUAUCCGUAUCUGCUGAUGCUGUUAUUACUGUAUGGAAUCCAUGGACCGGUGAAAUGAUUUUAAAGAGAACUAACGCACAUACAAAAUUAGUUCUUGGAGAAUUUGUACCAGCUGAAAUAACAGCUGCCAAUUUUGAUCCCUCCGGUGGUCUUUUGGUUACUGGUUCUGAAGAUGGUAGUAUCCGAAUGUGGGACCCAACAAAUGGUGCUUGUCUUAAUAGAUUACAAAUUGCAUCCAAGUGUCAAAUAUCCGAGUUGAUUUGGCUGCCAAAUAAAGUAUUAGUGUCUAGUUGGGACAAACGAAUUACAGAAUUUAAUGACCCACUUUUGGUAUCUAAAGGAAAACGAUGGCUUGUCAGUCAUGAAGAAUCUAUUCUAACAAUGAGUGUAAAACUACCAUCAAUGUUAGUAACAACCUCAUAUGCUGGUAAGGUAGGAUUUUGGCGGUUAGAAACUGGACAGAUGAUAAAAUUUUAUGGGUUAAAAAUGAAGCCAGAUAGUCGAGGGAACUUAAGAGGCUACGGCACGAAUAAAAAUCAAAUAAGUUCAAUGAAUUUGUCAAGUAUACAAACUCAAGAUAGUCACUUUGUUAAGGGAACUAAUAGUAGUGGCUUAUUUGAAACUAGAGAGACAACAUUACAAAGACUAGGAGUUAAGUUUACGCCAAAGGAAUAUCAUGCUGCAACUAGCUCACACUUUCUGAGGGGCCGGCAAGAUGCUACGAGAGUGGGCAACCUCUUAAUAGCCACUCGGAAUGGGGUCAUACAAAUAUGGUCCACAUUUAAAAUACCUACAUAUCUAGCCCAAUUCAAGGCAAUUCAUAUUGAAGGUGAUUAUGUAACAUCAAUGGCAUCUGAUGAUAAAAGUCAUUAUUUGUUUACUUGUUUCACAACUGGCUACGUCAAAGUAUGGUUUAUUAUAAAUUUUGGUGUUGUAAAUAAACAAGCAAUUUCUAUGCCUCUUCUUCGGCUUCGGUUUUCGUUUCUUAUUAAUUCAUUUUUUGUUGGUCGUGCUGAAAGAGCUGCUCGAAAUGAACAGAAUAUUAUAUUAGUAAGUUCUUAUCAAGCACAUUUAGGCUGUAUCAGACAUAUCGAAUAUGUGCAACACGUAAAAAUGGUUGUAACUAGUAGUGUUGACAUGAGCAUACGGUUAUGGACAAUCAACGGACAUUAUAUUGGGACAUUAGGUUCACCAAAGCAAUGGCCUCGUACAGAACUAUCUAAAACAAUAAGUGUUUAUAAUUAUAGAUUACCUCCCGACAUUAAACGUGUUGCAUCAUCAACGACAUUACAAGUUCUGAUGAACGGUGUUAAUUCCGUUUCUCGUUCAACAAAAGCAUGGGAGCGGUUGAGAGCAUUGAAGCAACAAAGAGAUAUGGAAGACAAAGAAGUCAAAAGAUCACUUUUGGGUGACAGGUGUCCAGAAAACCCUUUGUACAAACAUUACUGUCAACCAGAUAGACCAACAACAAUAAUUGACCCCACUCAACAAGUUCACAUUGAUACGUCUGUUCCAUGCAUUGAAAUAUACAAAUAUUUAUCGUUGUAUGAGUUAAAGCCUAUACCUCAAAAUCAUAUUUCAAAAGAUCUGUACGAGUCAAACAAACUUAAAAAAGUCCGUUUUAAAAAUGUAUGAAUGUAUUAAAAAUGUAUAAUAAAUGCAUAAAAAAGUCAAUAAAUGCUACAUAAUAAUAUCAUUACUAAUGUAUAAUUAUUAAAAACAU